ACCGUCAACAUGCCUCCUCGCACCCUCCUCAUCACCGGCGCAACGGGCAAACAAGGCUCCGCCGUCAUCGACGCCUUCCUCUCGCAUCCCCUAUCCUCCUCAGACCCCUUCACCGUUCUAGCAUCACUCAAGGAAAAUCGUUCGUCGACCACGCCCUCAAAAACAACCAGCGUCGACAGGGGCGGAGACGAACAUUCUUGGAAUAACCCAACAGAUGUCCCUCAUUUCAAAAGCAAAUGGGAGGUUGAGCACUACUUGCGGAAGAGCGCGACCAGAACCCUGGGCUGGACGAUUCUGAGACCGGUGAUAUUUAUGGAUAACCUCUCUCCCGGGUUUGCGGGCAAGGUGUUCAUGACUUUGCUGAGGGAUACUCUCGGGCGAGAUAAGCCGCUGCAGUGGAUUGCCACAAGAGACAUCGGCUUCUUUGCUGCGGAGGCGUUCCAUAAUCCGGAGGAGUGGAAUAAAAAGGCGAUGGUCUUUGAGAGGGUGACUGGUAAGCCGGUGCCGACCACGUGGGGAUUGUUGGGAAAAGGAUUGAAGACGGGAGUGAAGGAAUUGGGCUCGAUGGUGGAGUGGUUCGCCUCGGAGGAGUACAGAGCUGAUCUGCGAAAGGUCAAGGAGGUGAAUCCAGGGAUGGUGGGCUUGGAGGAGUGGCUGAGAAAGAGCCCCUUUGUCAAAGGGAAGUAA